AUGUAUUACCAAUCAUCUUUGUGUAAUGUGUGUUACAAAAAUGCUCUCACUUUAACAAAAGUUUGUCCACUCCACACAUAUACAAUUCAAAUGAUUCGACUCUUGUCUCCCAUUAGAAGAUUUUCAUCCAGUUUACGUACAAUGUCUUCGGAAUAUUUAGUCACCGUUUACGACUUCCCCAAUGCUGAUAGAAGUAAGGUCCGCCCACAACAUGUUGCUGCUAUCCCUGCCAAUGUUCCCAAUCCCGUUCGUGCAGCUGGUGCCAUCUACACCGACGAAUCAAAGACCAAAUUUGCUGGUAGUACUUUUCAUUUAGCAUCCAACUCAAGAGAUGAGAUAAUUGAGUUUUUAAAAAGGGAUAUUUACUACAAGGAAGGUAUUUGGAACUUAGACAGCGUUCAAAUUUACCCCUUGGGUAUUGCUGUUCGUUUGCCAAAGAAAUUGGACGGUGUUGAUGAGCUGAACUAUAAGAUUUAG